UGCCCCAGACUUCUUCUCAUCUUGCCACCACCACACCCAACACCUCGUCCAUCCAAAAUGCGUGUUCUGACAGGAUCCGCUAUAGCCAUGUACGCCGAUGCGUCCGAACGCGAGGUUGAACAAGUCCUCGACGUCAAGGAGAUCGAAGCAGAUUAUGAUGUGUAUUUGUUCUGGUAUUCGAGUCAGUCGCGGGUUAUGGGGAAAGAGGAUGAUGGCAGUGAUGAGGUGUCCUCAGUAUCGAGCAGUUCCUAUAUCCCAACACCACAUGACACUGAAAGUUGUUUCUUUCCAAAUGCCACGGAGGAGACACUGGAGCAAAUUGGAUAUAGCAGGUGCUUUAGGUCCGGAUUCUUCAUAACACGAGUUUCUCGACGCUUUGACGGACUGUUGCGCCGUCUGAAGGCCGCGCUUGCCUCGACUGAACGAAGGUCUACUCGGUCCUCCUGAGUAACGGCAUCCCCAAAAUGAAGCCCGGAUCUCCUUGUUCCGUAAUCGGAUCUCAACGCAGCCAAUGACCUGCCCCGAGUUUUACCUCAUCCACACCUCACUUUCGAAAGUAGUGUAUUCUAUCAAUCUGCCAUAGUCAAUUAGAGUCUAGAACGCCGUCGCAAAGUUGUUUACGUAUACCUUUCUCCCUGCUAGCCUCAGUAUUAGAUCUGUUUAUCAGAAACCGCUGAAGAAUCUU